UUUACAUUGCUUUAAAUAUGGUGUUUAGCGGUAAAUUUUCUGAAAUGAAAUGAUUAUUUUUGAACUCUUGAUUUAUUUUGGAUCUAGCAAAUGCAUCUUUAUGUUUUGAGGGCAUAUGGUUAUAUAGAUUUCCCAGUAUAUUCAUAGAUAAAAUCAUGGAAAUUUUAAUCUCAAGGUUGUACUUAUAAUGUCAGACAUUGAUGUGGAAGGUUCGGAUGAUGAAAUAAUAGUUGUUACAGAAUCACCCGAGCGGCACAUUGAUAUUGACGUGGAGGCAGUGACAGAUGAAGAAUUAUUUCCAGAUUCAGAGGGAGAAGACAAUGAUUCAGAUGUCAGUAUUGUGUCAGAGGUCAACGUAGAGGACAGUGAUGAUGAAGAUGUAGAAGUAGACGUUGACACACUUCCAAAUCAUGAAGAAAACCAGCCAGUGCUGCCAUCUGUUGGAUCAGCAUCAGCUGUUGAUUCAGAUGCUAGAUCAUCCAGGUCAACAUUACCUGGUGUUAUUACCCUGCCUCCACUUCCUAGUCUGAAUCUAGAAACAAAUGCAGAGACUUCUGUUGAAUCCAUUACUAACAUCACCAUCCAAUCAAAUGCUGUCACAACAAUGGAUUCUGUCCACAAUAUCACCAUGCAGCCCAUCACAACAUCCUCGUCAAACUCUUUAUCUACAAUCUUAUCAUCAUCAUCUUCAUCCAAUCAGCCAUCAACAUCUGUUGCCAUGGAAACAACUGGUAAUGGUGGCCCUCAUUCUUCACCUCAUCAACCAUCAACAUCUGUUACCAUGGAAACAACAGGUAGUAGUGUUCCUCAUUCUGCAUCUAAUCAACCAUCAACAUCUGCUGCAUCAGUUGACAUGGGAACAACUGGAAGCGGUGGUUCUAACUCUUCACCUAAUCAGCCAUCAACAUCAUCUGCUGCAUCUGUUGCCAUGGAAACAGCAGGAAAUGGUGGUCCUAACUUAGGAGCAACUUCAACACUGUCUACAGUAUUAUCUUCUGUAUCAGCCACCAAUGCUGUGCAGGUUAUUCAGGGUCAUACAGAUUCACCUAGAGAUUUCAGGUCACCAAAACGACGGAGAAUAAUGACGCCAGAGAAACCUGGUGGUGGUGAACCAGAGGACGAAGGCAAUUGCUGUCCUAUAUGUUUUGAAGAAUGGACAAGUUCUGGUAAUCACAGACUAGCUUCAUUAAAAUGUGGCCAUCUUUUUGGACAGAGUUGUAUAGAUAAAUGGUUGAAAGGUCAAGGAGGAAAGUGCCCUCAGUGUAAUGCUAAAGCUAAAAGACAAGACAUUCGAGUGUUGUAUGCUAAAUGUUUAAAGGUUGUAGAUACUACAGAAAGGGAUAGAGCUCUCCAGGACUUAGAAAAAGAAAAAGAGGGCAGGAGGAGAAGUGAAAUGGAAGCUGCACAAAUAAGAAUGCAGUAUCAGAUGACUGUCGGAGACAAUAACAAGCUUCGCACAGAGAUUGCAAAGUUACGAGAACAACUACAAAAUGUCAGAUCACAGCCAUUACAGAUGUGUAUAAAUUCAUCACAGUCAAAUGUAUCAGAUAAUCCUACCUCUACACAGAGUGAUGGACAGUUUAUCUUGGACAAAACAAUCAAAAUAUGGGAUGGUGGGAACUGUCGUGUGAUGGCUUACAGUCCAUCAUUAGCCACACUGGUUGUAUCUCAGCCGUCAGCAAGUUCUCUCUUUCCAGGAUUUGGAAUUAAAAAGAUAAGUACGCUGGAUUUCAAAACUUCUCAGUAUCUAACUAUCCACAGUAAGACUAUCCGUGAUGUAAGUUUCCAUCCUAACGUAGAUGAUGGCAUAUUACUGAGCUGUGCUUUAGACAAGACGGUCAAGAUGACCAGUGUUAUAAGUAAUGCUGUCGUACAAACAUAUGAAACCCAGUUACCGUCCUGGAGUUGUGUUUGGAAUGCUGAUGAUAGAAACUUCUUCUAUGUUGGCAUGCAGAAUGGUUGUGUGUUAGAGUAUGAUAUACGUAACACAAUUGAGCAUGUCCAAGAAUUGAAUACUGAAGGAAGUAGGUCACCUGUAGCCUCACUUCAGUAUGUACCUAGUGAUAUGAAUGCUAUGUUUAGAUGUGGUGGUCUUUUGGUAGGUCAGCUUGAUAAAGUUAGCUUCUAUGAGAAGAAGCAAGACCAACACAAACUACAUAUAUUACCUGUUGAGGGGAGUUUAUCAAGUCAGUGUUUUGAACCAAAUACAAGACAUUUGUUGUGUAGUUUCAAACCUUCACAAAAACAUGCCGCAGUUCGUCAUCAGUUAUGUGAAAUGAAUUGUGUAAACAUUAGUGGUGAUCCUACAACAUUAGAUAUGUCGUGUUCCUGUGAUAUUGUACAAACAUUCCAUGCGGGACGUACACAAACUUUACUGAGUAAAUCUGUGUUAUUACCUCAUCCAACUAUGGAAAAUAAUAUGCUUGUAUGUGCUGGAGAGGAAUCUACACAAUCGCUGCAUAUAUGGGACUGUGGGAAAAGUCAGCUGAAACAGAGAUUACGGACAGAUGGCGCUGUAUUAGAUAUCUGUGCAAUAAAAACAAAUAAUAUGACUUAUCUUGCAGCCCUGACAGACAAAAUCCUUAAAGUGUUUAAAUGGUGCUAGAUGUCUUUCAUUUUUAUCCAAAAUGUGUUCAUGAUUUUAUUGUUUAUGAAGUAUAUAAUUGUUGCUAUUACAGAUAGUAAUCAUAGUCUCAAAAUGUAUUUUGUAAAUGAAAGUAUUUCGUUUUGAACAUACCACCGAAAUUUCUGUAAAAAAAUUAUAAUGAUGUACCAAUGUAUUGCACAUUCAUAAACUAAAAUAAUGGUAACAAAAAAAUGUUCCACCUUUAAGAAACAAAAAUGAAUUAAUUCUAAGUAUUCUUAUUAGAUUUAAAUAUUAUAAAUAAUUUUCAUGUAAAUCUAAAACAUUUCACUGUGGUCUUUUAGGAUUUUGAAACAUCCUUAUUGUAAAAUGAUUGAAUUUCUUUGUUAAAAUAAAGUAAGAAUGAUCAAUUGUGUGUUUAAUUGUGUAUGGUUGUAAAUUUUGUUUGAACUUUGGUGGACUGCAAGAGAAAAUGUGUUUUAUAAUUUGUGCAUGUGCAAACUGUAUGUUAAGUUUCUGUAUUAUACAUGUAAAUAACUUGAACAUAUGAAUUACAACAAAACUAAACAGUGGUCACAUUCUUUGGAAAACUUGCCACAUUGGCAGAGAGGAAAUAUGAAUAAUUCAUAUUUUGAAUAACAAUUUUCAUGAAUUUUAUGUGUAAAGCUGAAUCACAAUUUAAAUUACUAACCAAUUAUCAAUUUUCUAUACACUUGCUUGCAAAUCUAUAAAAUUAAUUUAAAAUUUGUACCAAUGAAUAUAGGUGAAUCCGAAGUAUUAAGCAUCUAAUGCCCUUUCCUCAUUCCAUAUUGUACAUGUUUCACGGUGUAUUUAUUGUAUGUGUCAUAUAUAUGUUCAAUAAACUUUUUACCAGAAUGUAUUAUAAUGUCUUUUUGUUCAAUCUCAGCAU